ACAUCAACACUACUUCGAUGAAUUAGCAACUCUGAAAAAGAACGAGGGACUGCCAAAAGAAAAGAUGGCUAAGUAUCGAGAAAACAAGUCCGUUGCAUCGUUUAUUGCCGUUUCUCGAUGACUUGGGUGUACUUCGCGUCGACGGGAGAAUUAGAGAAGCCACUUUUAUUCCGUUUGAAACCCGUUUCCCCAUCAUUCUGCCAAGAGAGCAUGCCGUCACAUAUCAUAUUAUCAACUUCUACCAUCAGCGAUACGGCCAUGCUAAUAAGGAGACGGUUUUUAACGAAAUGCGCCAACGAUUCCACAUCUCUAAACUUCGUCCAGUAAUCGAUCGUGUGGGGAAGCAGUGCCAGUGGUGUGCAGUUCGAAAAUCCCGACCGAGACCAGCAAGAAUGGCCCCACUCCCUGUCGAACGUAUCACACCUUAUUUGAAGCCGUUUAGCUAUGUUGGUGUGGACUAUUUUGGGCCGAUCGAGGUGACUGUCGGACGUCGAUCAGAAAAACGUUGGAUUGUGUUAUUCACAUGUCUCUCUGUACGAGCAAUCCAUCUCGAAGUGGCCUAUCGACUGAACACUGAUUCUUGCAUCAUGGCAAUCCGAAGAUUCGUCCUGCGCCGUGGGCCUCCUGUUACAUUCUUCUCCGAUAACGGAACCAAUCUGAAGGCCGCCAGUAAGGAACUGCAAGAACAAAUAAAACGCAUCGACACCGCUUCUGCAAAUGUGUUCACAAAUGCGAGGACCCGUUGGAGCUUCAAUCCGCCAUCCGCCCCACACAUGGGGGGCAUAUGGGAGCGCAUGGUGCGCUCAACAAAAGCUGCUAUGGCCACGCUGACAUCCGGAAGCCGAAUGACCGACGAGAUUCUGCUCACAGUAAUAACUGAAGCCGAAGAGAUCGUCAAUACUCGGCCCUUAGUCUAUCUGCCGCAGGAUUCGGAUGAGCCCGAAUCGUUGACCCCGAACCAUUUCCUACGAGGUAGCUCUUCGGGCCAACUGGAUCUACCUAUACCUCCGACUGGGGAGGCUGCCGCCUUGAGAAGCUCGUACCGCCGAUCGCAGCUGCUUUCCGAUGAACUUUGGAAAAGGUGGCUGAAAGAAUACUUGCCGUCUCUCAACGUCCGAAGCAAAUGGAUUGAAUCGAACGAGCCGCUGAAGAAGAAUGACUUGGUUUUCGUUACCGAUGACCUAUGCCGUAACAGUUGGAUCCGGGGACAUAUCGUGGACGUUAUUCCAGGAAAGGACAACCAGGUGCGCCAGGUGUUGGUUCGUACAUCUUCAGGAGUCUUUCGUCGACCGGUAACAAAACUAGCAGUAAUCGAGGUAGGUUCAUCUAGUAAAUCUGACUCGGAAGCAGGUUCCGGACAAGUUUUACGGGCCGGGGAGUGUUAAAACCCCUGGUUUUUGCUAUAAAAUGAACCCACCAGAAAACUUCUUCGCUCGAACGCCCAUGAAUUCUUUGACAAGUAUAAUUUUUGACAAGCUAGAACACAUCACAAAAAACCACAUUUUCUGAAAGAUCUCGAGCAAGGGUGAAAUAUUUUCUGUUGAAACUAGUUGAAGUUAGUGAUCUUUAUUUCGUUAUAUUUGAGGAUUUUCUCAGGAUAUAUUACACUACAAUUCAACUAAGUUUUCGAGCUUAACCAUACCACGUUAUUUUCGCAAGUCAUUUUUGGCCACCUCCAUAAAAGCAGUGGAAAAGUAGCGAAUCCGGAAUACCGGAAUAAGUAAGUUGGCUAAAAAAGUGCAUAAUUUCAUUUGUUAAUCUUUCAUAAUUCUUAAAAUUAGGAAACUGCUUUUUCCGACAAACACGCACUAAACACAGAACACUUAAAAUUGU